AUGGCACCUCGUGAUCAGAGAGAUCGAAGUCCCAAGCGGCGGAGAAGCCGGAGCCGAAGUGAUAGACGGAGGAGACCGAACGACGCCAAGACUUCCCGGCAGAGGUGCAGCAGCUCGGACGAGGAGAAGCCGCAGACGAAAGCGGACCCCCAUGCUGCAACGAAGCCGGCAAAGCCGCGUGAGGUCGCAACGGUUUCAUUGGCCACCCGGCCAUUCGGCAUGGCACCCUCGAAGGAGGCUGCGGCCACGGGUUAUGUCAUCGAGAAGGUCGCAGAAGGCAAGCCGGCUGCGCAGGCCGGCAUUGAGCCAGGCUGGACAGUGAAGCGGGUCGCCAGCACGGAUUGCCAAGGCCUGGCUUCUGCCGCUGUGCAGGCCCUGCUGAAAGAUGCAGCUUUGCCAGUCGAAGUGGUCUUUGAGAAGCCGGAAUCCGAGACCCUGCCAAGCAGCGACGACGAGAACGACAUCUUGACUGUGCGUGCAGAUCAACGACGUGGCAACGAGGCAGCCCUGUCCAACAUCGACGACCUGCCUGUGAGUCGGGAGCCGGAGAAUCUUCCUGCACCAGUCUGCUCCUGGCGCGAGGCAGUCGAUCGGAAGCUGCUGAAUGCUUCGCUGGUGCAGAAGCUGCACGCUUCGGGCCUCAAACGGCCAACAUUGAUUCAGCGGCAUGCGAUUCCGAUCAUUGGCCAUGCAGAUCACUGGGAUCUGGUUGCACAAGCCCAAACAGGCUCUGGGAAGACCUUCGCCUUCGUCAUUCCCACGAUCGCUCGCCUUGUUCUGCGUGGCUGCCCCGCGCGACCCUUCUUUGCUGGGCCCACGGCCCAGGCGUGCCCGGUCGUCCUGGUGCUGUCACCCACGCGUGAGCUCGCCAUCCAGACUUGCACGGAGAUGGAGGUCCUGACGAAAGGGACGAAACUGUCGCAGAUGAGCAUCUAUGGAGGCGAGACCGUCAAGGAAACUGUGAAAAGACUCGAGAACGCUCCUGUCGACAUCGUCUGCGCGACGCCUGGUCGAUUGAUCCAACUCCUGGACGAAACCAAGUUGUCAUUGGCUUAUGUCCAGACCGUGAUCUUGGAUGAGGCAGACCAGAUGUUGGAGCAGCGUCUGGAGAUCAUGUGUGCUGAUAUCCUUGUGGGACGGGACAUGUCUGAGCCAAGCUCCGGAAGACAGACGUUGCUCUUCAGCGCCACGAUCCCGCAGAAGAUCCGGGACAUGUGUCCGCAGAUUCUGCGGACAGCGCGAACGGGGCAUCUCACGAUCGGUCACUAUGCAGAGGACAAGGGUGGCUCAUGCGAGAGCAUCAAGCAGGUGUUGCGCUGGUCUCCCGACGACAAGCAGCGAAUUGGGGAGCUCAUUGCGGAUCUGCGCAAGCACUGGGAUCGGAGCAAAGGCAGAGUCGUUAUAUUCUCCAACAUGCGUAUCACCGCGGACAACCUUGCGCACCAGCUGAAGCGCGAAGGCAUGACCUGCCGGCACUUGCAUGGCAAGCUUGACCAGGAGGUCCGGGAGAAGGUCUUUGACGGAUUCCGGCGAGGUGAGUUCGACAUAUUGGUCGCCACCAACGUAGCGUCGCGAGGCCUUGACUUUCCCGACGUUUCCCUGGUGGUCCAGUUCAACCUGCCGGAGGACAUCGACGUGUACACUCAUCGAGUGGGAAGAACCGGACGGAUUGGCCAAGUCGGUCUGGCCAUGGCGUACAUGGGCCCCAAGGACAAGAAAGUGGCCUCCAAGCUCGUGGAGUUCCUGGAGCUGAACAAGCAGGAAGUUCCCGACUUCUUGCGGGAGUUUGCUCUUCGAGUCGAGACAUUGCGGCGUGGCCUUUGA